UUUCUCUCUCUCUCCAGCUAGGGUUUUUAGUGGGUUUUGAAUCGAAAAUUAUUCCAAAAAGAAGAGGAAGAUCCCACGUUACUUUUUCUAGGUUUUCUCAGAGGACAUUUCAUUCCCCAAAAAUCUUCUUCCCCAAACCCUAGAAAUUAUCCGCUCUUUUUUUUUUUCUAGGGUUUUGACAGAGUUCCAGCUCUAGAAGGGGAGGAGAUCAGAAAGAAGGGGAAAUGCGGACGGAAGCUCGGGUCGCUGCGUUGGGAGGGCAGAGAGCUCUAAACUCCGUGAACGGAGGCGUCGUCGAUGGCGGCGUUUGUAAGUACUCGCAUCACCAGCGGCAGCAAGCGCUCCCUCAGCCUUCGCCACAGAAUGGCACGGUGCCGCAGCUUCUGGCGGGAGGCAUCGCUGGUGCCGUCAGCAAGACCUGCACCGCUCCCUUCGCCCGCCUCACCAUUCUGUUCCAGGUACAAGGUAUGCAUUCUGACGUUGCCACAUUGAGCAAGGCUAGCAUAUGGCGUGAGGCUUCACGUAUUGUCUGUGAAGAAGGUUUUAGAGCUUUUUGGAAAGGAAACCUUGUCACAAUCGCUCAUCGUCUUCCUUAUUCUUCAGUUAGCUUCUAUGCUUAUGAACGCUACAAGAAUUUACUACAGUCAAUUCUGGGGUUGGAUGGGCAUAGAGACAGUAUGAGUGCAGAUCUUUGUGUACGAUUUGCAGGUGGUGGUUUGGCAGGAAUAACAGCUGCAUCUAUCACAUAUCCAUUGGAUCUCAUCAGAACACGACUUACAGCUCAGACAAAUGUUGCUUAUUAUAGAGGCAUUUCCCAUGCACUUCAUACAAUAUUCAGAGAUGAGGGUAUUACAGGGUUGUAUAAAGGUCUUGGUCCUACAUUAUUGGGGGUUGGGCCCAGUAUAGCAAUCAGCUUUGCCGUUUACGAGACCUUGAGGUCUUCGUGGCAGCUACGAAGGCCUUCUGAUUCCACUGUUCUGGUGGGCUUAGCUUGUGGCAGUCUUUCAGGCAUUGCAUCAUCAACAGCGACAUUCCCUUUGGAUCUUGUGAGGCGGCGGAUGCAGUUGGAAGGGGCAGGCGGUCGUGCUCGCAUCUACAAAUCUGGCCUAUUCAGGACAUUUAGCCAUAUCAUCCGAACUGAAGGUUUCCAUGGUUUGUACAGGGGAAUACUUCCCGAGUACUAUAAAGUCAUUCCUAGUGUUGGCAUUGUCUUCAUGACAUACGAGUCAAUGAAGAUGCUGUUAUUGAAUGCGUCUGCCAAUUGACUGGCACUUCCUCUGGCCUUGGCUCCAUCCAUUUCCAUUGAUGCCUGUGCUUGUGUUCUUAUACAUAGAAGAUGAUUUAUGAGACCUACAUGGGGAAUCAUACGAUGAUAUAUUAGAUUGCUGGGUAUUUUAUUGGACGGUUAAAAAUGAAAAACGUCCAAUGGUCUCAUUUCAAAAAAGAGUUUCCAUGAAUGAGAGGUGCAUGCAUAUCAAGCGUCACACCCAGUCGGUGCCGAAUAAUCUAUAAUAUUGGGCAUGUUUGGGUGCAACGAGAUUGUGAAUGGAAACGAAUGCAGGUUGGCCUGUACACAUCUUGCAGAAAUUGAGCCGUGUAGGGGCUGUUCUGCAGCUUCUGCUGCAUCCACACGGCUGUCAAAGUUACAAGUGUUGAGUGUUGAGAAUUUCAAGUCGCACUGGCUUCUCCGCUGACUAUGCGUUGGUUAAUGGGUCUGCCCUCUGAGGCUGCUGUGUGGCGCUAGUUUGCUGUGUACUGGAAAUGGUUCCUCUCUGCCUUUUGGAUCGUGACUGCCCUGUAUUCAGUUAUUUUCGUGCUGAUAGGGCCUUUGAUGUCGUAGUUCUGGAAUGUUUCCUGUAAAUGUGGUUGACCCUUGUGGUUUAUAUAAUUGGUGAGGCUCAUAUCUUUUUUUGUGGAGCCUGCCUGAUCAAAUGUAAAUUCUUCUACUCAUAUCAACAAAGUUACAGGUGUUAUACUCC